AGAAUCUCUGGAACCCGGGAGCCGGAGGUUGUGGUGAGCCGAGAUCGUGCCAUUGCACUCCAGCCUGGGCGACAAGAGCACGACUCCAUCUCAAAAACAAAAACAAACAAAACACCAAAUAAUCCCCCUGCCAAUAAACUGGGGACCAUGUGCAUAGAGGGUAUAAAAUCAAUUGAGUGGGACACAAUUGAUACUUUUCAAAUAAAGCAGAAGGCAUCACAUGAAGUGAGGAUAACUUGCUGUGUGAAAGCCGUGCUUUCAUCAUCCAUCGACACACACAGUGCACACCUCUCGGGGAUGCUUGUGCUCUGACUGGCAUGUAACAUGCACUGCUUAUGGACCGUCAGCUUAAAACAUAUAUUUUAAGAUUCAAAAAUACAACAAGUCAGUAUCCCUAGCAAUAUUCUAACUUCUCCAUUGCUUGGUGUUACGAUGUCUGGCUCAGCCAUCAUCAGGCCCUGGGACCUGAGCAGUGUGACUGCAGGGCCAGCAGAGUGACCCGCGGACCAUGGGCCCUGCUGGCACUGCCCCUUCAGGUCUGACCUGUGCUCUGGUGCACUGCUUGGCGGGGCAGUCAGGCCUCUUGGGCCCGCGUCUUGCCCACAGCUGCCCCGAGUCACUGGGGAGUCUUUUGUGCCUGCCGCCUCCAUCUCUGCCCUUGUCCUCCCUGCUUUCAGGAGCCACCCCCACCUGCCCUUGUCCUCCCUGCUCUCAGGAGCCACCCCCACCUGUCCUUGUCCUCCCCGCUCUCAGGAGCCACCCCCACCUGUCCUUGUCCUCCCCGCUCUCAGAAGCCACCCCCACCUCACCUGGCUUAUCCUCUCAGAUGCCAUGGAGUCUCCAAGCAGAGACCCCUGAGGGCACAGAGUAGAUUCUGCUUUUUGGAGGGGACCUCCCACCUGAAAGGCGACCCAUUCUUAUGCGGGUCUGCUGCCUUUAUCUGUCUUCAUCAAGGGCUGUCCCCGCAGUCCAGGCAGCCCUCUCCCUCCUUCUGCCCAGCACCUGGUGGGGGGGCAGAGUCUGCAGUCACCCCUGGCCCACCUUGGCCCAUUUCCUGUGUCUUCUGAUUCCCCUGAAGAACAAGUUCGGGUGUGGGUGUGAUGGGGGUGGGCAGGGGGCACUGACUAGGAGGGACAGGGGUGGUUCCAGGAGUGGCCAGGACCACCCCCCGAGGGAGCCCCCAUGUCGCCCCACCCCGUUACAGGGGCCUCUGCUCCCUGCACAGAAAACAAGAGGUGCCUGGCCUGGGGUCUCAGUGUCAGAGCUUGUUGCCCCACUGGCCCCUCCCAGGCUCUGUCUGCACAGGGGCCUGCCAGUGGUGGACUCAGCCAGAGACCCUCAUGCUGAGUGGGAUGACCUGAGUCUCACGGCUGCUUUUCUCUCUUGCUUCUGACACCAGGAAGCAGCUUGCUCCUGAUGCACCAGGAAACUGAAACUGAAACUCAGGGCCCUAGUCCAGGACCCUCCUCUCUAUUGAGUCACAAUUUCUCCUUCUAAGGCAACCUCCCACCCCAGGGGACAACCUCUCGCUUCUCUCCUCAUGGCAGCCCCUCCUCCUUCCGGGUCUGUUCUGCUCACACCCUGAGCUCUGGGAGGCCCCAGGCAGAGAAGGGGUGGGGUGGUGGGGGGGUGGUCUUGCUCGAGGUCACGUCUGCCUUCCAGAGCAGCCAGGUCAGGACUGAAGGGUUUCUACCCCUCAGUUCCCGUACUAUGAGAUGAUGGGAUGAGACCGUCGGCUGUGUGCAUACUACACAAGCAAUCUGGGUUCCUCCUCAUAAACCAGACGUGGGGCAGAGGUUCCCAGGCUCGGGGGUCCAAGGCCUCCCCUAGCUCUUUCCAGGCUCGGAGCCUCUGUGCCACACCUGCCCUCAAUGCACCCACACCCAAGACCAUGAAGGUCACCGGCCACUGCUGCUGCUGGCACAGCUGUGGGUGAAGCCCUGUAAGUGGGGGCUGAGGGUGGACAAUGGGAAGGAGGCCUGAAGGUGGGAGUGAGACCCUCUUGAUGCUGGGGGCUCCAGAUGCCAGCAGGACCCUGCCCACAAUUGGCCUUGAGUGCUUCCAGUGCUAUGGUGUCUUGGACCCCAGCCUGUGCCACCCGUCUCCGACCCCAUGCAGGCUCAAAGCUGCCCCUCCUCUGUGGUCACUGGCACUACCAAUGGUGGAUCCGGGUGGGACCCGGCAUCUGUAAGCAGGGCAGAAAUUCAGCUACACUAGCAAGGGCUGUGCCCCCACCCCAUGCCCAGAUUAUGAACCUCACCCACCCUGUGGUCCCUGGAGGGUCUCACCCCACAGAAACUGAGGAUGGACUGAUCGACUUGAAGACUGAGAAGCUGGACAUGACCUGCUGUGAAAAGAGCCUUUGUAACACGGCGGCCGGCGUGGCCUUUGGGGCCUGGCUGUUAGGGAGCUCCUGCUCAGCCUGGGCCUCUUCCUUUGGGCCCUGCCGUGAGCCCAGCCCACCCUGGCACUGCCCCUGGUGGGUAAAUAGGAGCGCAGGGUGGUUGCCCAGUGCAGCCCUCAGCUCCUGCCCUGAUGCCCUCGCCUGGCUGCCCAGCGGCCCAGAGACCCACCUCACCCAGCAGCCUAGACGCCCGCUGGCCCAGACAGUAAAUGCACGUGUUCAACCCAAGGACUUUGUUCCCUUAUUAACCCUUGGGGUCUGAUCUGUGGCCUUCAAGGGGGUCCCAGCAAAUUCCCCAGGGUGGGGUUCAGAGACUGGAGGGCCUUCCCCGGGUGGCCCAGCCCUGUGCUCAUUUCCAGCCAGGAUCAGGCUCAGCCCCAGCCCGAGGUCCAGAAGCAGCCCGGAGGGUCUUGCACUCAGGGCUGGGGUCCCCCAGGAAGACUUGUUGGGGGCUGACAGAGGGGGCGGAGGGGUGGAGGCACUAAGGGUCCAGGCCA